GACUUUCGGAUAGCUCUCUGGUUCGGUUUGAUUGAGCAGCGCCUGAUUCUCUCCAUCUCCUCAACGCUCGUCUGUCUCCUCUCCGGUCACAUCCCUUCACAGCCAUCAUGUCAAUUUCUUCGCAGGUCGCCGCCCGCUGCUGCAGGCAGAUUGUCCGCCCAUCCGCCGCUUCUUUGCGCCUCUCUUCCUCGACAUAUCUGUCUCAGCGGACACGGAGAUGGCAGUCCACCGAGGCGGAGGCUGCUGCCCCUGUCAACCCUAAGAUUAGCCAAAUUGUUGACCAGAUCAGCACAUUGACGCUUCUGGAGACCGCCGACCUCGUGGCCACCCUCAAGUCCCGUCUCAACAUCCCCGACCUCCCCGUUGGCGGUUUCGCCAUGGCCGGCGGUGCUGCUCCCGCCGCCGCUCCCGUUGAGGAGGAAGAGGCUGCUCCUGCCGCCCAGGAGAAGACCCUCUUCAACCUGAAACUCGAGACCGUUGACGCCGCCUCCAAGGCUAAGGUCAUCAAGGAGAUCAAGUCUCUCCUCGGCCUGUCCCUGGUUGACAGCAAGAAGUUCGUCGAAUCCGUGCCCAAGGUCCUGAAGGAGUCCGUGCCCAAGGAGGACGCCGAGAAGAUCAUCGAAACGCUCAAGGCCGUCGGUGCUAAGGCCGUCAUGGAGUAAACGGGGAAUAAUAAUUUCGAUGAAUUGAUUUAUACCUGGUGAUUGCCUCUUUUCCUGGCUCUGCGAAUCGGGGCGACAGGGGAUCAGGACGGCCGGGACGUUGUGAUUGGACUGCAUCAUCGAGCUGGAGUUUUGUCUCUCACCACUUAUUACUGUGUUUUUAGUGUUUUCUUUUCUCCGUCGUAUAUCUCUUGAAAUGUUUCUGAUAUAACCGGAAAGCGGGAAAAAGGCGGCAAAUGUACAUUAUCAUCUCUUGAUUUGGACAAUUUGGAUCC